AUGACCUGGUUCACCCUCCACCUCCUGAACCUUCUCUGGGCUGUGGCUGGGACCAGCACCUGGACCCAAAGCUCAUGCUCUGUUCCCCCGGCACAGCAGCCCUUGGUUAAUGGCAUACAAGUGCUCAUGGAAAGCUCUGUGACCAGCUCAGCCCACCCAAAUCCCAGCAUCCUGAUUGCCAUGAACCUGGCUGGAGCCUACAACGUGGAGGCCCAGAAGCUCCUGACUGACAAGCUCAUGGCCAGUGACACAGCCGACCUGACCAUUGCUCAGCUUGCCCUUACCAUCAUGGCCCUCAACUCCUCCUGCCGAGACCCUGGGAAUAAAGUAUCAAUUCUACAGAGACAAAUGGAAACCUGGCCACCUUCAAGCUCCAGUGCUCCAGCUUCAACUUUCUAUGGGCCCAGUCUGGCGGUCCUGGCACUGUGCCAGGAGAACCCAGAGACAGCCUUACCCAUAGCAGCCCGCUUUGCCAAGUACCUGAGGUUCAGUUCCUCCCCCUUCAAUGUGGACACAGGAGCAAUGGCGACUUUAGCUCUGACCUGUAUGUACAACAGGAUCCCAGAAAGUUCAGAGGAAGGUUACAGAAUUCUGUUCAGUCAGGUACUAGAGGAAGCCAUGAAGAAUAUCAGCAUGAGGAUCAAAGACAAUGGCAUCAUUGGAAACAUCUACAGUACUGGCCUUGCCAUGCAGGCUCUCUCUGUGACACCUAAGCAACCUAACAAGGAGUGGAACUGCCAGAAGACCAUGGACACAAUACUUAAGGAGACUGAGCAGGGGAAAUUCCACAAUCCCAUGGCCAUUGCCCAAAUCCUCCCUUCCCUGAAAGGCAAGACAUACCUGGAUGUGCCCCAUGUGUCUUGCAGCCCUGGUGAUGAAGUGCAACCAACUCUCCCCACUCAACCCAGCCCUGUUCCCACCACAGCCUCCAACAUCACCGUCAUAUACACCAUAAAUAACCAGCUGAGGGGGGUGGAUCUGUGCUUCAAUGUGACCAUCGACGUUAGUGUGAAACGUGGAUCAGUGCUACUUGUUGUCCUAGAGGAAGCACAGCGCAGAAAUUCCAUGUUCAAAUUUGAAACCACGAUGACAUCAUGGGGCCUUGUCAUCUCCUCCAUCAACAAUAUUGCUGAAAGUGUUCAUGAGCGGACAUACUGGCAAUUCCUUAGUGGCAAAACACCUUUGAAUGAAGGAGUUGCCGACUACAAACCCUUCAACCAUGAGCACAUCACAGCCAAUUUCACACAGUACUAAGGACAAGAUAUACGAAUGACCUAUACCAAGUUCACGAUUGAAGAUCACUCCCUGAUAAGGAAGAGGAACUAAAGAGAGCUUCCUCUAGCCUCUUCCAACUGAGAGCUAUAAUUCUUUGAAAUGACAAAGAAUCUUGCUCAGAAGCACAAAUGACUUGAGAUUUCUAAGAAGAAGAGGAACAACAACAACAAGAAUCCCGGUCAAGAAAAUGAAAAUAGAAAGGGAGAGAGAAUAGAACAAAAUAGUUCCAAAUUUUAUCUUGAGGACCAAACAUGCCAAACAGCCAUGAUGUUUUUUGGAAAGCAAAGUGAAUUUGAUCAAACAUAAAAAUAUGUA